CAUGACAGCAUGUAUGAGUGAGUGAGUGAGUGAGUGUGUGUAUGUGUCUAAGAGAGAAUGGAACUUUUAGUCAGCCUGUCAGCUCAUGUAUGGAGUUUGCUGUGAGGAGAAGAGAAGAAGAGGUGUUUCAUGUAGUAGGAGACACACGUGGAGCAGGAUGAACCUGAGGAGGAGGCUCUCCUUCAAGCGAGUCUGGAGCUUCAAUACAUCCUCUGCAGUCUCCGAUGGAGAGCUGAACCGUGUGGAGCUGCAGGGCUGCAGCAGAGACAACAAUCUGAACAGUAAUGCCAUCCUGCCCAGUGUCCAGAGCCACCGGCGACACACAGAGAGGAGAGUGGCCAGCUGGGCCGUCUGCUUCGAGAGACUGCUGCAGGAUCCAGUGGGCGUCCGCUAUUUCUCGGAGUUCCUGAAGAAAGAGUUCAGUGAGGAGAAUAUCCUGUUUUGGCAGGCCUGUGAGUUCUUCAGCCACGUCCCUGAGAAUGACAAGAAACAGCUCUCUCAGCGCGCCAGGGAGAUCUACAACAGCUUCCUGUCCAGUAAAUCUACAACCCCGGUCAACAUCGACAGUCAGGCUCAGCUCGCUGACGACAUCCUCAACGCUCCUCGACCUGACAUGUUCAAGGAGCAGCAACUGCAGAUCUUUAACCUGAUGAAGUUUGACAGCUACACCCGCUUCCUCAAGUCUUUCCUGUACCAGGAGUGUAUGCUGACGGAGGUGGAGGGCAGGCCCCUGCCUGACCCUUACCACAUCCCCAACAGCCCCACUUCCAAACACAGCAUCAUCAGCUCUGACCGCUCCAACCUCUCAACGCCCAAGAAGGAGGACAAAAAGAGCAAAUCUGGUCGAUCUUUGAAUGAGGACAGCAGAGACGACCCAGGGGACCAGAGGAAAGGCAUGUUCCUCUCCUGGUCCCGCAACAUGAGCUUCGGCAAAGGUCCCAAGAAGCGAGAGCUGGCUGACUUUAACUACAAUUUCUCUGGCAGUAAUGGUCGGCGUGAAUCACAGGGUUCCUUGUCAUCAGGAGCCAGUCUGGAGCUGGGGAGGAAUGAGGGUGAUGUUUCCAGAGAUGCAAUAUCAGGGUCAACUGAGCGUGGAGGGGGCAGCGCCCCCUUGAGGCAGUGUAACAUAAGCUUGCCGGACGGCUCAUGUUGCUCUGUGCCGCUGAGGUCCGGGGUGUCCAUCAGGGACUUGCUCCAGGGUCUUUGUGAGAAGCUCUGUAUCAACUUGGCAGCUAUAGACCUCUUCCUGGUUGGAGGGGAGAAGCCGCUUGUUUUGGACCAAGACUGUAUGACAUUGUGCUCUCGGGACCUCCGACUAGAAAAACGCACACUCUUCAGACUCGACUUAGUCCCUAUUAACCGGUCUGUGGGCCUAAAAGCUAAACCCACAAAGCCAGUGACUGAAGUCCUUAGGCCUGUGGUUGCCAAAUAUGGCCUGCACUUCUCUGACUUGGUCGCACGCAUUAGUGGAGAGGCAGAACCCUUAGAUUUAGGUAUUCCCAUUUCCCACCUAGACGGACUGCGUGUGGUGUUGGAUACAGCAGAACACACUGCUGGAAUGGUUGACAAACAUAAAGUAGGUCAUUCGAAGAGUCUCGUCUCAGUCUCUACAAGUAGAAACCAACCAUCAACAGGCGAGAAGAGGCGCUCAGGGAAAACAGGCUCAGCCCACAUCCGUGGGCAAAACGGCAAGGCUGGGCACGGUUCUGACCUAAGAGGCUUGGUCUUACCCAACCACCCUAUCGCUCUGCAUAAGGCUCUGGAUAAAAGAAAGCAGAAAAAGAUUAACAUCGAUGAAGCUGAAGAAUUCUUCGACCUCAUUUUCAAAGCUCAGAGCCACCGAGCAGAUGACCAGAGAGGCCUGCUAAACAAAAGCGACCUGCAGCUUCCAGACUUUCUUCGCCUUUCGCCGACUGCUCCCUACAACCCUGAGCCCAGUUGCUUCAGCCCUAAUUCCCGUAACCCCAACAACAGCAGCCUCCCGAGCAGCAGUCGCCGGGGGAAUAAGACAAUCAGCAAAGACAGGGGAGGAGGAGGGGGCGGCACCCACUUGCUCACUGCAAGUCAUCAGUCCCAGAGCUUGGCCUCUGCACUGGGUACUGGAAGUGGAGGCAGAAGGAAAUCCAGACCACUCCCUCCAUUUUCUGGACCCAUCUCCCACAUUCACCCCCAAACUAGCAGGGGAGAAUGCAUCCAGGAAGAGGACACACUGUCAGAUCUGACUCUUGUAGGAGAGGGGGACAUCAACAGUCCCAACCUCAGCUACGUCACUCCCUCAGCCCUUCCCUGCAAACCCAGACCCCAACAGCAAGCACAGGACAGUCGGCCGAGUUCAGGUACCUUUCCUGUGUGAAACCUUUAAACUCUGUCUUCAUCUGACUGCAAACGGGACUGGGGACCACCUGAAGUCAGUUUGAAGAUCUUUGUUGGCCACUCUUGGUCUGUGGCUGAAUGCAUCCAGAUUUCCUUUGUCCCUUCAUUCACUUCACUGCUACAACCUUAAAUUUACUCGAGUCACAUAAAUAGUUUAGUAGAAAUGAUGUAAAUAUACAGUAACUAAGGUAAAAGUGUUUAUAUCAUUAUAUGAGUGUAAAUAAUGUAGUGAUGUAUACACUGCUUUAAGGCCACAAUUGUGGUAUGAUGACACAGAUCAGAGUGAGAGAGGAAAAAUUGAUGCAUUAGGUUUGUAAUUUCUCUGCGUGCUGUGUAUCUGUGUGAACUCUUGAGUGCACUUGCUGUGGAUUUUUCGUAAGCUGAAGAAUAAGCUCAGGAUGAUGACCAGUGUCAAACCCCCUCCUCCAUCUCCCUCCAACACUCCCGUGUCCAGAAUCUAACAAUGCACUUUAGCCAAUUACAGAUAACAAGAUUUUGAACAUUUUUACAGGUUCUUAAGAUUGGAUGAAAUCUAAUGAGGUGUAAAAUGAAAAUUUUAACUUCAAUAGCGGUAUGGGGGCUUCAGUGUUGCACGUACAAGAGGAUCAUGUGUUGUUUUCAACCAAUUUAGAUGUUUAUGAGCACACUGCACGCUGACAUAGUGCGUCAAUAAAUACAAGCAUACACACAGCAGCACCAUGAACACAACAUUUGCUCAGCUGUUAUUUAUCGUCUCAAACGCACCACGUUCUGUGUUUGCCCACUAUCUUUUCACUCGGGAAAACAAUAACUAAAAAUACGAGUGUGCACGCAUACAGUGGAACAGAAAGUUCUGCAACAACUGUACAUGUACAGCUUUACUUCAUGUUUCCUUUUUCUUGUUAGCACUUUAUCACACAGCAGCAAAUUUUAUUUUCACCCCUUCUCGCCUCAGUCCAGCAGUUAAACGAUGUUUUUAGCAGUUGUUUUUCCCCUGCAGAGACAGCUUUUUUAAAGGUUUUAUUCUGUACUGUACUCUGAGGCGAACAUUAAUUUAUCCCACGUCCUUUUCAUUUUUAUUCUCAGUUAAAAUGAUCAACUAUUAUAUGGUCUACGUUGUAGUCGUUUUUUGCAAAGCAAACUGCAAAGCAGCCGUUCCUGCUGUAUCUUCAGUUGUGUCGCAGUAGAAAUCAAUUCUCUGCCUUCUCUGUCUUUUCUUAACCCAUCAGAAUGAACAGAUUUUUUUUCUAUUCUAUUUCCUCUCAUUUGUCCUUGGACAUUUUGGAGAGAGAAUACAGCCAUGGGAAAAGCGUACGAAACACAAUGACUUAUGAAAAACCCUAAGGUCAUUAACGACACUUUUCACUGGAAUACUUGUGACCUACUUACAUCACACUUGCUGAAAGAGGCAGUGAAGAAACCGUGGAGGACAUUGUGAUACGUGACAGAUGUUAUUGUUAAGUUAUUGAUUUGCUACUUUAUCAUCAAUUGUUUGUGCCGCACUUAAUGGAGCAAAGAAUAAACAUCCCUGCCAAUACUGAA